AUGGCCGUUACAUACAUCGACCUCGACGGAGAAGAGGAGACGAACGAAAUUACUUUUUUGCCCGAAAGACCAACUGAAUUCCUGGAACGCAGAAGACGCUUUUCAUCUUGCACCGUCGAGGAGGACCUCGGAGAGCUCAACCACGCCUCAGAAGAGAUCAUUGAUCUUACAGCAGACCUGGAAACCCCUGAUCGCUGUCUUCUUAACCAGGGAGAACUUGCAUUGGGGAAAAUACAACUCCUAGGCGCAAAAAUACAGACAGGGUCAUUCCUUCGAGUUCGCGAAUUUUUCUCCGGGAACUAUCUCGUCGAGUUUGUCCUGGUCAAGCUUGUGAAGCUGGAGGUUUCUUUCACUGGACAGGGCAGUCGUAAGAAGCAGAUCGAGGAGUCUAUCACUCGUAUCCACUCGAGCGAAGUUCACCAGAAGCUUUACAGGGUUUCUGAAGAAGUCCUUCGUAAUCGAUGGCGAUAUAACAUAGUCAAAGGAGGGUCCUGGGUGCCAUCACUGGCCAGUAACGAUCACUCUAUCAACCUAGAGGCUGAAGCAACCAGCGAAGAGGCACGACGAAGCCACGGUCAAAGAUAUACAAUGUUUGACUCCUGCUCCGGUGCCGGAGGAGUAUCACGAGGAGCGCUUAUGGCUGGUUUCAAGGUUCAGUUUGCCGUCGACAAAGCGCCUGAAGUAUGGGAUACCUAUCAAGCCAAUUUCCCCGAUACUCAACUAUUUCGAAUGUCACUUGACGAAUUCCUCUUGAGCCCUCAGACUACACAUACAAACAUGCGAGUAGACGUGUUGCACUUCUCUCCACCGUGUCAGUUCUUCUCACCUGCUCACACACAUGCAUCGGCCCAAGAUGACGAGAACAUUUUUGCGCUUUAUAGCUGCAACCAACUACUUAAGAAACUGCGCCCACGCAUCAUUACUGUUGAGCAGACGUUCGGACUUACUCAUACUCGACACGAAGAGUAUUUCAAUGCCUUGCUUGGCGACUUCACGCAGCAUGGGUAUUCAAUCCGCUGGAAAUUAGUCAGGCUCUGCACGUGGGGAGCUGCCCAGGAUCGAAAGCGACUUAUCAUCAUUGCAGCCGCCCCUGGAGAAAGAGUACCGCCUUUCCCUAGAGCCACACAUGGCGAGGAAGAUGGAAGCGGUUUGCUGCCUUACAACACCAUUGGAAAGGCUCUGCAAGGGGUUCGUCCGGGUGACGAUCUUCAUGAUCUCAGCAACGUCCAGCACUUCAACCCACCGAGAGCGCCAUAUGACCCCAACCGCCUCGCCGGAACUAUCACCACAGGCGGUGAUAUCUGCUACCCCGAUGGUACACGAAAGCUUACACUACGGGAGCUGGCGAGCCUGCAAGGAUUUCCCAAGAUACAUCAAUUUCUUGGUAAUAGAACCUCGAUCAAGAGACAGAUCGGGAAUGCGUUUCCCCCGAAUACAGUUCGUGUAUUAUACAAGCAUAUAGAACAGUGGCUUCUCAACGAGGAUGGUAUCAUAUCUGAUACUGACCACACUAUUCUCAUCGAAGACGAUUCUGACGCAUCACUCAACCUGGCAGACGACUCUGAGGACGAACCGCGACACUCCCCCGAUAUGAUAGAAGAAGCCAUCCCGAUGGAAGGUCACGAGAUGCAACACCAUCGCUUCCGAGACCCCUGGGGAGCCGAGAACAUGAUCAUCGACCUGACGUAG